AUGGUGGAUCACUGUGGGGGUUAUCCUCAAGUCCAUUCCUAUGAUGAAACAAUGAUACUCGUAAGGAAAGAAUUAAAAGUAUCAUUUUUAAAAAUCUUUGAAUCGAAGAUCAUUAACGACCGUGAGACUGGAAGAUCAAGGGGAUUCGUUGCUUUCUCUAACGAAAAGGCGAUGAGAGAUGCCAUCGAGGGCAUGAAUGGUGGUUACAGCCGCGGAGGUGGAGGUGGAGGCUACGGAGGUGGAGGCUACGGAGGUGGUGGUGGCUACAGCCGCGGGGGCGGUGGUGGUGGAUACGGUGGUGGCCGUCGUGAGGGAGGUGGAUAUGGAGGCGAGAGUGGUAGUGGAUACGGAGGCCGACGUGAAGGUGGUGGCUAUGGAGAUGGUGGUGGUUCCCGUUACUCCAGCAGAGGAAGUGAUGGUGGCGCCGCUGUAGGCAACUGGAGAAGUUAGAUCUUAUGGGUUCGUAAUGUGUUUUGGUUUUGUUUGGUUGGUUAAUGAUUGAUAGCUCAAUAUUGUCCAACACUUGAUCUGAGAUACUUUAGUAUCGAUUGAUGUCACUUGAUUUGCUUCUGAAUCAUUUAAUCGUAUUUGCCUUUUAUAUUAAUUUUUAUCUUCAAUGUAGAUCUGGGAUUUUAAUCUCUUGAUUUAUGUUAUGGAUGAAUUUGUUUUUGAUAUUUUUUUUCGUUUCAAUGGUAUUGAAACCACCAUCAAGUGAUGAAAUUUAGAAUAAUCUUAGGACACCUUCCUACACAGUUUGCCAAAGCUGUGGAUGAGAACAAAAAUCCAUUCUGAUGUUGAUGUUAUGAUAAUUUUAGCUUUAAUUUAUUUUUUAUUGCAAAUUGAUUGAAGCUAUAUUUUUCUAU